AUGAGUUCUGCAAUCAGAGAUAAUCACACUGUUAGAACAUACGAGUCAUUUGCUAUAAUUCCCAAUUAUACAGAAGUGACAAUUAUUCCACAAAAAACGGCCUUUUUGACUCUGUUAAAUUUACAAGUGCUGCUCUCGCAGCGAGAUUUUACUCGUAAAAUUAAACGAAAAAGCUUGAAAUCACUAUUUGUUUCCGUAAAUAACGACAAUAAAAACAUAUCCAGUCCCUUAUCAUCUUUACCUGUUGUUGACCUCGGUGAUGGUCUGAUAAAGCAAGAGAUAUCACCUUCUGGAGAGUAUUUGGCUGUAUUGAGAAUUAUAGAGAAUGACAACAAAAAGGGGAAAAAGAAAUUUGUUGAAAUCUGGCGAAAAGGAACUCUCUUACAUGUAUUGGAUGUCACAGAUGAUCACGGCGACUUUUAUGGAGAUUCCCAAGUAGGAAGCCUGCAAUGGUCUCGAAACGAAUCUCAGUUUGUGUACAUUGCUGAACGUAAGGCGCCAGAUGACCCUAGUCGAAAAUUUAAUUUUGUUAAUGAUUGGGGAGAACAAUUAUCCAAUAAACGUGAAUCAGCUAUAGUGGUUGUUGAUAUAACGUCAUUAUCAUCGACAUCUACAUCACGAAAUAGCAGUGGAGGGAAUGGCGGGUUUGUAAAGGUUUUACCAGCAUUUGAAGGCAUUGUACCUGAACAUUUGAGUGUUGGUCUUGAACACACUCGAUCUCCAAGACUGAAUCUCACUGGCGAUUUAUUGGUGUUUUUAAGUAAUAAAGCAGGAGGACCUCACUGGUCAUGUUCAGAACUUCGUUUGUAUGAUUUUAAAACCGGGGCACAUCAUGUCAUUGUACCAAUAAUACACGAUCCAAGUAAACCACAAAGCACCUCAUCAUAUCCUGUCGGAUUCCCAGGACUCUACAUCGAUCAAUUACCGCACCGAUCCUCAUUCAUGUCUAUUGAAAAUACUGAAUUCUUGUUAUUGCAUAGUAUUUGGCGAAGCUGGAAAACAGUUCUCGCGGUGAAUUUGUUAAAUGGGGAUGUGCACAAUAUUUCUUCGUCAUAUAGUGAAACUCUUAAUUAUAAGAGUUAUAAUUUGUUUGCUGUUUGGAAUAAGUUUGUAGUGGUUUCUGAGAGUGCGCCUAAUCAACUGGAUACACUGAUUCUUGGAACUGUGAAUGAAUUUAAUUCCAAUACUAAAAAUUUUGAAAUCUCAUGGACACCAAUCGAUAAACCAAACGAUGAAGAAGUUACGCCUAUUCUAUCAGACAUUUCUUGGUCCGUAGUAACACCUUAUCGAGAUAAUCCUAACCUCGAAAUGAUACAUAUUAAACCUAUCGCCACAACAAAUGAUGAUAAUAAUAAUAGCUCGGAAAUCAACAAACAAUCCAAAUUGCCCCCAUUAAUUGUGUAUCCACAUGGUGGUCCGCAUUCUACAACCACUACAGGACUUAAUCCUCUCUUGGCUACUUUAGUGUCUGCUGGGUUUCAAAUUGUUGAAGGUUUGUUCUUCUUAAGCUUAGGAUUUGGACAGAAUUCUAUCGAAACAUUAAUUGGACAAAUCGGUGAACUUGAAAUUGAAGAAGUUCAGUCCACGGCAAAAUAUUUGAUCGAUAACCAUCAAGCAGAUCCAAAUCAAGUGGUGAUCAUUGGCGGGAGUCAUGGUGGAUUCAUAUCUGCUCAUUUGAUUGGAAAAUAUCCAGAAAGUGAUUUUUAUAGAGCAUGUGUUUUACGAAAUCCAGUUUUGAAUAUUGGAGGAAUGGCUUUUGUUACUGAUAUUCCUGACUGGUGUUUUUCUGAACUAUCAAUCCCUUACAAAUUUACUCAACCAUCACUCGUCCUUCCAAGCACAUACACGCAAAUGUUCUCCCGUUCCCCCGUGAAAAAUAUUGAUCGCAUCAAGACACCUACAUUGUUAUGCCUCGGGGAGCAAGAUCUUCGUGUUCCACAUGGCGAUGGGCUAAAUUGGUUGUAUUACUUAAAAGGAAAAAGCCAAGAAAAUGGAGAAAAUAUUGACAUUCGAUGUAAGAUGUAUCCAGAAACAGGACAUGCAUUGGAUAGUAUUGAGGCUGAAUUAGACGUUGCUGCAGAGAUUAUUAGAUUUUUGGGAGAGAAAAUAGAGUGUUGA